UGAAGCAGGGUCUCUUGGAUCGUAGCCCAAAAGGGAAAUCGGGAGUCGAUUAUUCCGGACUAACGAGGUCUAUAUGGAGAGGACUAACUUGACGAAAGAUGCAUAUUGCCUAACGAACGUACAUGCGCAUACACAGCUGAUUGAGUGCUUAAUCUACAAUAAAUGUGCACACGUCGACUAUAAGAAUCUCCUCGCCUCGCUACUCGGGCCAACCAUUUAUUCGAUCAAUCUCUAUCAAUCUUCUCAGAUGGCCGCCGCUCCGUACACAUUUCUUCUUCAACGAAUUCUUUUGUACGCUACAUCUAGUUAUAAGUAGCUGGGCUACGGCUCUUGACAAUAGGUAGCCCCUGCGCGAGAGCUGCUUGGGUUUCCAAGGCUGUCAGACAGC